CCCAGUUGAAUCUGUUCCACCAUUCUGCAUGUGUCUCACUCUCUCUCUCCUCAGAGGCCAAAGGUAAUAGGAAUCCGCAGAUUCGUUUUCCAUAAAAAAGCAGUUGUCUACGUUUACCAAACAAAUACAAAGCGAAUGGAACUUGACGGUGUUAUCUCACCACUCAACACCGUUAUCGUUAACUCACUUCCAUGGAUCCCUUGAUCCACAAGCUCCGGCGCCACCUUCUCGCGUGGCUCCACCGAUCUCGUUCUGGUAAUCGUUCUGGUGCGGUGUUCUUUGUGAGGAGAAUUUCGUAUAAGGAUGUUAGAAGGGCUACGGAAGGUUUCCAUAGAAUAGUUUAUAACAAUUCUGAAGUUUUAGCCUAUGCUGCUAAGUUUGGGGAUGGUGAAGGUGUUUGUUUGGUGAAAGAAUUGAGAGAUUUUGAGGAAGGAAGUGAGAAUUUCUACAGACAAGUGCAGUUGUUGGGGCGCUUGCGUCAUCGCCACCUCCUCUCGCUCAAAGGCUUUUCUGUGGGACACAAUCACAAGAGACUACUCAUAUUUGACAACGUAGAAAAUGGAAGCUUAAAGGAGCAUCUCAAUGACCCUUUGAAGACUCCCUUAAAUUGGAGGACGAGGUUACAAAUAGCUAAUGGUGUUGUGGCAGCACUGGAAUAUUUGUUUCUCUUCAGUGAGCCACCAAUAUAUCAUGUCUCUAUCAGUUCAAGCAAUAUUAUGUUAGAUGAGAACUUCACCGCCAAACUAUCCGAUUUUGGUCUUCUUACAUCUGGGGAUAAUUCUAUUAUGAAGCCAUAUUCAGAAGAUUGCAUGAAGCAGAAAAGUUGUAAGAUUAUAUUCCAACUUGGAGUGCUCAUAUUGGAACUGGUCACUGGUCAGUCUUCAGAGAUGGAAGGUUCUGAUUUAAUUGAAUGGAUCCAAGAAUCUCGAUUUUACAAUUCCAUAGAUAAGAUGAUAGACCCGGAUCUUGGAAACCAUUAUGACUGUACCGAGCUUAAAAGUCUUCUAGCUGUGGCAAAAUUAUGUAUCAAAUCAAAGGACAAGCCUUCAUUUACAAUGCCUCAGUUAUUCCGGUAUCUCCAAAAGAAGAUUGAUAUUCCCCAUCACUAGGUCUAUUAUUUGUUUUUGUUUGAAAACCUUGGGUUUUGGGGGAGAAAAUUUAACACUCCCUUGUGUGAAUGGUUCCACGUUUCUUGCCUCUUGAAGAGUCAGUUUCCAUAGAUCAUGCUCUUUUGAAAUUGAAGGAAGUGAAAAGUGCUAAUAACACACUUAUUUGACACUUUUU